AUGAAGAUUAUUUGGGCAUUUCCGCAUUUUAUUCAACUUCUUCUGAUCAUAACGGCUGAAAAGUCUCAUGAGUCGUCAGAAGAAAUAUUUAAAUCAGAAAUGAAUCAUCCAUUUGGAAAUCCCGAAAAUAUUUUAAAAUUUGGUUCCGAAGGAAGAUUUAUUGUUGAUGAUAAUGCACUCGAAAAAAUAUUUUUGAACGAGGAUGUAAAAGAUCGAAAAGUUGUUGUUGUCUCUAUAAUUGGAGCUUAUCGAAAGGGAAAGUCCUUCCUCUUGGACUAUGCACUUCGAUACAUGUAUGGAAACUACAAAUCAAUUGCAUAUCCAAACAAUCCACUCAACAAUACACAAAACUGGAUGGGAGAACCUGACGAGCCACUCAAAGGAUUCUCAUGGAAAGGAGGUGUGAAAAGAGAUACAACUGGCAUUAUUAUGUGGUCGGAUAUAUUUCUUUAUGAAAAAGAUGGGAAAAAAUUAGCAAUAGUCUUGAUGGACACUCAAGGAUUAUUUGACACAACAACAUCACCGACUGACAAUUCUAGAAUCUUUGCACUCGGCACUUUGGCAUCAUCCGUUCAAAUUUUUAACCUUAAUGAUGUCAUUCAAGAGGAUCAAUUAGAAUAUUUGCAGCUUGCAACUGAAUUCUCACAAUUUGCCCUUAAGAAAAAUAAUAAUCGAAAAAAUAGACGUAAAACUUUGAACAUAAAGCCCUUCCAAAAUUUAAUUUUUCUCAUGCGCGACUGGCAAAAUAAACAAGAUUAUGAAUAUGGAGAAGUUGGUGGUGCUUUAUAUCUUGCAAAAGUUCUUACUGAUCGAAUUAAUCAGCCAGAAGCAUUAAGAGAAGUAAGAACUUAUAUAACAAGCUCUUUUGAAAAACUUAAAUGCUUCCUGAUGCCUCAUCCAGGUUUAACUGUUACGUCUGAUUCUACUUAUAAAGGUCAAAGAAGUGGUUUAAGUAAAAUUUUCGAGGAAUAUCUUGAAAUAUUCUUAGAAUUUAUCCUUAAAUCAAAAAACCUAGUAACUAAGAAGGUUUUAGGGAUUGAAGUCUCUGGAUCUGAUUUUAUGAAAUACCUCAAAGCUUAUAUCGAAGCUUUUGAGUCUGACGACAUCCCAAAAGUUGAGACAUUGCAUGGAAUUACAGUAAGAAAACUGUACGAAAUAUUAAUUUCGGAAUCAUUUGAGGAAUAUAAAUCUCAUCUUAAAAAUCCAAAUUAUUCUUCAUCAACAUUCAUCAAUGACAUCAACUUUAAUGGGAAUGAAUCAAUAAAAACUGCAAUGGAAUCAUUCAAGAAGAAAAGGAAGCUCGGUGUUUCAUCAGAUGAGCAGAAAUUCAAAAAUCAACUAAGCACUUUAUUAGAAAUGCACUUUACUGAAUGGAAAUUACAUCACAUUAAAAUAUUUAAAGAAUUAGAAGCAAUUGAAGAAAAUCACCGAAAAGAAAUCGCUGAAAAAAAGAAAUUAAGUCAACAAAGAAUACGAGAAAUUGAAGAACAGCACGAAAAUCAAACAAAGGAGCUCAAAGCUACAAUGCAACAAGAAGAACUAAAUCUAAUCGAAAAAUUAAAAACAUACGAAUUAGAAUCUAAAAGAAAUAUAAACAAACUUAAGCAAGAGUAUGAAGCACAAAAAUUAGAAUUCCAGCGAAGUAAUGCAAUGUUUCUCAAUCAUCUAUCGAAGCAAAAUUCUGAAUUGAAAAAUAAAUCAAUGGAAAUUCAGAAACAAAUUGAACAGCAAAUGUUAGAACUGGAAACUGCAAUGUCUACACGACAGAAACAAUUAGAGAAAUCAAUUGCUGAGAGAAGAGACAGAGAGUUGGAAGUGUUAAGAAAUGUCGCUAAACAAGAGCGAUAUGAAUUAAAACAAAUUUAUGAGCAACAAGAAAAUAGCAAAAAGGCAGAAUUGGAAGUUGCAUUGUUCGAGAAAAGAUUGCAAUUGGAGGAAAAACGAAUUCGAGAUGAAGCUGAAGCUGAGAAAAAAAGAGGAUAUGAAGUGCUGAUAGCUGUGUGUCACGGAGACAGUUCAUUUGAAUCAUCAGAUGAGGACGAACUUAAAGAUGUUGAGCCUGGAAAACCUUUAAACAUAUUGGAUGUAACUGAUGACAAUCAAUUUAUUGUUGAAACUGAAGCGAUUACGAAAAUAUUUGAAAAUUCAGACUUGAAAAGGAGGAAAGUUGUUGCUGUCUCGAUUGUUGGAAUUUUCAGGAAGGGAAAGUCAUUUUUAUUGAACUACUUCCUUAGAUAUCUUUAUGCAAAUUUCAAGUCAGUUAACUAUCCCGACAAUCCAUUAAAUAACACAUCUAAUUGGAUAGGAAAAAAUAAUGAGAAACUUUCUGGAUUUCAAUGGAAAGCCAGUACAGAUGGUGUAACCAAUGGAAUCAUCAUGUGGUUUGAUGUCUUUCUUUGCGAUAAAUCAACAGGAGAUAAGCUUGCAAUUGUGCUAAUCGAUACUCAAGGACUAUUUGAUAAAAAAGCAUCAACAAGUGUAAACUCUAAAAUUUUUGCACUUACAACUUUGAUUUCAUCAGUUCAAAUUUAUAACUUGCACAAUGUCAUUCAAGAGGAUCAGCUACAGUAUUUACAGUUCACAAGUGACUUUGCUAAGCUGAUUAAUAAUAUGGACACAAACAAUGGAGAUCAAAGCAGUAUAAAGCCUUUUCAAAAGAUGAUCCUGCUCAUGCGUGAUUGGGUAAAUUUCGCAGAAUAUCCUUUCGGACUAAGAGGUGGGAAAAAAUAUUUAAAUGAGGUCCUUGAAAUCACAAAUGAACACCAAAAUGAUGCAAAGGAAGUGAGAAAAUUCAUUCGAUCUUCAUUUGAUGACAUAAACUGCUUCCUAAUGCCACAUCCUGGCGAUCAAAUUUUCAAUACUGAUGACUUCAAUGGCGAAUGGUCUAAACUUGAUGGAAAAUUUGUAGAUCAACUUAAGAGUCUAAUUUCAUGGCUUUUUAAUCCAUCAAAUUUAAGUCCGAAGAAAAUAUUCAAUAAAUACGUGACAGUUGAAGAAUAUACCGAGCAUUUAAAGUUUUAUUUUGAUGCUGCCUCUUCAAAUGAGCUCAUGAAUGUCUCGACGAUAUUUGAAGCAACAAUGGAAAGUGAGGGAAACCUGAUUCUUCAAAAGAGUUUGAAAGUUUUGAAGAAAAAUUUGCGCCAAAAUGAAAACAUUGAAAAUCCAUUAUUUUUAAAACAAAUAGAUGAAAUUGGUAGGAACAGUACAGAAGCAGCAAAUAUCAAUUUUAAGAAGCUGAUAGAAAGUUUUACGGAAAGAGAUAAUUUUAUAAAAAGAUGGACAGAAAAGCUAAAAGAUCAAAUGACAAAGGAGCUAAAUAAUUGGAAAGAAACAUCUAUGCUUAAUUAUGAGAGAUUCCAGAAGAUUAAACAGUUAUCUCAACAAGAAACUGCUAUUAAAUUAGAAGUCGAAAGAAAGAAAUUCGAAAUAGAAAUUAGUAAAUUAACGCAAAAGAAUUCCAAUGAAAAAUUAAAAUUGCAAGCUAAAUUCGAUGCGGCUGUAAAACAGUUUGAAUUCAAUAGUGUCCAAAUAAAGCAAGAAAAUGAAGCUGAACGUCAGAAUAUAAUUCAACAAAAACUUCAAGAUCUAGAGGAAUCGCGACUUAAUUGUGAGCGAAUGGUAAAAAAUGCAAAAACUAGCUACAAUAAUGAAAUGAAUCAAAUUAAGGAACGAGAAGAGAUGUUAAGAGCGCAAAAAUUAAGAUUAGAAAAAGAAAAAAAGGCACAAGAAGCAAAGCUAAAGCAACAACUGGAGGAAGAUAACAAAAAUCAUGAAUUAGAAGUUCAAAAACUAAGGAAAAAGACUUUGCAAAUAGAAAAUGAAUUGAAACGAAAAGCAGAAGAAAACGAAAGGGAGCUUUUAAAACAGCAACAAAGAAAGAUAAGAGUAAUGGAACUUGAAUUUGAAGAAUACAAAUCGAAGGAGAAAUUAAAAAAUAUUGAACAUAAAAUUGAACUUGAGAGAGCUAAAAAUGGAUUGCAUAAUGCUGGUUUGGUCGCUUCCUCAAACAAAUUCACACCGAUUAGAUAUACAAGAUAUAGAAGACCAUCAUAUGAGGAUUAAACAAAUUUUCGAACUUGGGGUGGUAAAAUGUUUUUUAAAAUAUUUGAUUAAUAAAAUGCAUAACAUGGUGCCUGAUAUCAUCUUAAUCAACUUAAUCUAAUUUUUUGUUAUUUUUUUCAUUUAUUUUUUUUAAGAAUGUAAAUCAUUUUAGUGAAAAUAGUUCAAAUUUUUCCUUACAGUAUAGUGCCGCAGAUUAGAAAUGAAAGAUAUAAAAAUACCAACAGAUUAGUUAAUCACCUC